AUUUUCUCUCUCUCUAAUCCCAAUCCCAACCCCAAUCUCAUCUCCCCGUACAGUCCACUAAUCCAAACUCUCCUCCCACGCCACUGGCGCCCACGCGCCACCACCUAGGACAAUAAAAUAGCACACUUGUCCCUGGCGGACCGAGAGCAGCAAAAACACUUGGGGAUGGCUAGGCAGGAGAGAGAUCGGAGCGUGGGGGGACGUGGAGGAGAGUAAAAAUGGUAGAAACACUCACUCUCAAAGUAUAAGACCCCCAAAUCCCGGAAAAAUAAAACCAUAAAAAUCAUAAGAAAAGCAUCAGCAACAGUACCCCUUAAUAAAAGCUGAAAAGAAGAAAACAAGAUCCACCUCGAACCUCUCUCCACCCCCCUCCCCCCCAUCCCCCACCAUUUCCACACCUCUCUUCCUCUGCCUCUUCUCUGCUCCCCUGGAUAUCGAGGGAAGAAAUAUAGCUUACUCCUCUCUGUCUAUCUCUCCACUACAAUUCCUUCUUCUUGUUUUCUCUACCAAUCACCCGUGUUCUCGGUGUUGUUUUUACUUUGUAUUUUUCUUCAUUUUUGUGUCCAUCUUGGUGGUCCUCGUGUCGUUUCCUAAAAUUAUCCCCAAAUUCAGUGAGGAAUAGUGAAUUGGGGUUGGGGAAUAAUGAGAGAGGAGGAGUCCAAUUGGUUUUCCCGAUGGGAAGAGGAGCUUCCCUCUCCGGAGGAGUUGAUGCCGCUCUCUCAAACCCUAAUCACCCCUGAUCUUGCCUUGGCCUUUGAUAUCCGAAACCCCAACAGCCCCCAAGCCCCACCUCCGCCUCUACCCGCACCCCAGGUGACUCCCCCUCCUCCCUCCCAGCCCAACUCUGCCCCCGAAUUUGAUUCAGGCGAUUUGGGGUCCGGGGCUGCCGGCGACGAGCCCGCUCGCACCCUGAAGCGCCCGCGCCUCGUGUGGACGCCCCAGCUCCACAAGAGAUUUGUGGACGCUGUGGCCCACUUGGGGAUCAAGAAUGCGGUCCCUAAGACCAUAAUGCAGCUCAUGAGUGUUGAUGGGUUGACUCGGGAGAAUGUGGCCAGUCACCUCCAGAAGUAUCGCCUCUACCUCAAACGCAUGCAGGGACUAUCUGCCGGCGGGGGCGGUGGCGGGGGAGGUGGGGGCGCCGGAGGUGGUGCGGGUUUGGCCGCCGCUGAUCCGGCCACCGACCAUUUGUUUGCGAGCUCUCCGGUGCCUCCCCAUUUCUUGCAUCCAGGGCGGGCCAGUUCUGAACAUUUCUUGCCUUUUGUUCCGGUGGCUGCGUUGCAGCAGCACCAUCAUCACCACCAGCAGAUGGCAGUGGCGGCCGCAGCUGUGGCAGCUCAUCCACAGCUGCAGACUCAGUACCAUCACCACAGGCAGGUGGGACAUUUCGGGUCCCCUCCAAAUGGGCAAUUUGAGCAUCCCUUUCUGCCGAGGCAGUCACAGCCUGUUCACAGGAUGGGGGCACCAGUGCACAGUCCGGUACCAGCUUAUGUGGAGGACCUGGAAUCGGCUACAGCAACUGGAGGGAGAAGGGUGCUAACUCUUUUUCCAACUGGGGAUGAUUGAAUUGAAUUUGUAAUUCUUGAUGGGAUACUUGUAGCAUUUUGGAACAAGAGUGGAAGGAUACUGAUGGAAAAAUUGAAGUUGUGAUGAAUUAAUAAUUUCAAGAUGAGGUAUGUGCACCCCAUCUUCCUAUGCUACAAAUCCAAGGAGACGCAUUAGCUAUCCAAUUAAGUCCUGCUAUGAAAUCCUUUGUGUAUUUCAUGAUGAGAUGUUUAUAUAUUCACUAUAAAAUAUUACUUUUCAUUUACUAUCAUAAGUUUAAAAAUAAAUAAACCCAUACCUACAUGCCCUUUUGAUUGGUUGAUGAUCUAGAAGAAGAAAAAUAGCAACCUGAAAAUUUAAAACUAACUGGGGGUGGGAUGAUUGUUGCAAGAUGCCAAAUUUCCUCCUUUCUCCCCUCAGAAGAUCUUGGCUUCCAUAGUGAGCUUAAAAGAAUGCCAAUCCUCUCUUAGUUACUGCCCCCUAAGUUAUUAAAAGAUUUUGGGUCAUGUGUAUAUUUACAAAUUUAGGUUACUUCAAAGAUAUGCCAAGAAGUUCCACUUACUGAUGGCAUCUCUCCAUGAUAAUGUUUUGGUUGUGGUGGAGGGGGAUUGCUUAAGUAGGGAUUCAUUUCUGAGACUUUCACUUUGUUUUAAUCAUAUUAGUUUCUGAGCUGGAACCGGAGUUGAUAAGAUAAUCAAGUACUAUCUCCUUUCAGUCUGUGCUUUUUCGCCUCUUAGAAUUUUUGUGCUUGUGUCCAGUACCAUUUACCAUGAUAUCUUCAUGUUGUGGCCCUUGUGGAUCUUAUUGUUUUUCAUGAAUCUUUUAGUUCUCAAAAAGGAAUAUAUAGUGUAAGCUUCUUCUCCAUAGAGCAUGAUAUUCCCAGGCUGUGAAUGCUGCCACUACAAGAAACUGUUAGAACCCUUAAAAAUGGAAAAGAAUAUAGGAUCUUAGUUUUUUUAUCUGCAGAUCAAUUCUAUACUUAAGAGGAAAUGGGUGGAUUAAGGAGUUAGAACCUGUAGGUGGAAUCCUAAGCUAUUUUUAGUUAGUUAUUUUUUUUUUUUCCUACUUCUGAAGCAUCAGAGCUAGGGUUUUAGAUCUUGACAAAAUACAAUGCACUUCAUAUAGAGUGAGAUUCUGCUUUUAAUCAGUUUGAACUCUUUGACUGUGGACGCUUUGCCCCAUUGAUAUUUUUCUGAUACAGAAGUGAUACUUUGGCUGAAAUUUCAAGUUCUCUAGAUUUUCUUUCCAUUACCAAUUUUGCUGAAAAUGAAGCUUGAAAGCAAGGGUUAAAAGUAAUAUAGAAUUCAAGUCGUCAUGUAUAAUCCUUACCUUUAAUGGUUUGAGCACAUGGUGUUUUUUGAUUUAAAAUUCAUUUGCCAGGAGUGUAAAGCCUUGCAAUGGUUGUAGUUUUGCUUCUUUUAUUCAGUGAAGCUUGCUCAGUUCAUCUUGUUUAGAAUCCGUUUUGCUAGAGAUUGCAGAGCUAUCACUUCUCAGGAAGGAAUCACUUAUCAUAAGUCAAUAGAUGAAUGAAUGAUUGCCUUUUAGCCUCUUAUGCAAAUACAGUGCAUAGAAAACGGAAUGUUUUCUUUGUUUUGAUUCAAUUUUGACCUUUUGGAUGUUGGCAUGUCAUGCAUUUCAGUAAAUCAUGAGCUAGUUUCUCAACCAAUUAUUUCCUCAGUAAUGGAAAAAAUGUAGUUGCACAUUUUACCAGAAAUCUCUCAUGAUUUGAAUGCCCAAAAAGACAUUGGAAUAUAAAUCAGAAUGUUGAAUCUUUCAUUAUGUUGCUGUUGCUGUGACUGUUGGAAUAUUCCACAUGUUCCUUUCUUUUCCUGUGACUUCUUGCGGAUCAAACAGCAUUUGAAGUUUUACAGGUUUUGUGGAAUAAAGUGAUGGAUUUUUAAAGCAGAUGCUAUUUCUUUCUUAGAUUUCAAAAUCAGCCUGACCUCUUAAGCUUAUAACCAUAAACCUUUUGUAGUCUCUUUUCAUGAAAAAAAAAAAACAACCCAUAAAUGUUCAACCUCUCUAGAUCCCUAAUUUUAAAGUUCAGCAUCUUUUCUUUUUAUGUUCCUUUUUUUUCCCUUAAAGUUAGUUUUUUGUAAGCAUGACUGCUCAACUUACUGGUGAGUUGAUGUUUAUAGCAGGAUAAUCUUCUUCCUUGUCUCUUUUUUUUUUUUUUUUGGAGAGAGAGGGAGAGAGAUUUUUGGGGCAUUUUCUGUGAACUAGAUCAUUCCGGCUAGUGUUGUAUGUUGUCGUUGACAGAGCAUAUACCCAAUUCAAUUCUUGCAUCAAUCAUCUGCCAGGAUGGGCAUGUGGAAGCAGCCAUCCUAUUUACUGUUAAACUAUUAUUUUUAUGUUGUGGUGGGGUUUGUUGAUGUAAGUAAUAUAGGAUUUUUAUCCUGAAUAGUUAUAUACUGUUGAACAGGUUCUUUUUGACAGCUUGUUCUAAGGGUUUUUGAGUAUAACCUGAUUUCGACAUACAAGCAUGCUAUAAUUACUGGGGGGAUUUUUAUGAGAACCAGGGGAGAUAUUUUGUUUUGGAUGUCCAGACUCCAGUGUGCAAUUGAACUUUUUGACUUUUGGGAGUUCAUCUUUUAGUGCCAUUAGGAUUUAUCUAUUACAAUUGUACCAAGGCAUUGGAUUAGAAAGUGUUUGAUUGGAGCAAGUAACAGGCUUCUGUCA